GGUGUGCGUGGGUGCGCGUAGCGUGCGGCGGGAAUCGUGCAAGGGGCACCGUGCAUCCCGCACUGUGCACCGCACCAGGGAUGCGCGCACGCCCCGCCCCCGUGCACGCGCCCGCCGCCGCCCUCCCCGUGCUCGCGCCCGCCGGUGCAGCGGAGGAGGCAGGAGGAGGAGGAGGAGGCCCACCGCGAUGGACAGCACGGGCAAGGAGCGGGAGGCCGUGCAGCUGAUGGCGGAGGCCGAGAAGCGGGUGAAGGGUUCCCACUCCUUCCUGCGGGGGCUUUUCGGGGGCAACACCAGGGUGGAGGAAGCCUGUGAGAUGUACACCAGGGCUGCCAACAUGUUCAAGAUCGCUAAAAACUGGAGCGCCGCAGGAAACGCGUUUUGUCAGGCAGCCAAGCUGCACAUGCAGCUGCAGAGCAAACACGACUCGGCCACCAGCUUCGUGGACGCCGGGAACGCCUACAAAAAAGCGGACCCGCAAGAGGCCAUCAACUGCUUAAAUGCAGCUAUCGAUAUCUACACUGACAUGGGGCGAUUCACCAUCGCUGCCAAGCACCACAUCACCAUCGCCGAGAUCUACGAGGCCGAGCUGGUAGACAUUGAAAAGGCGAUCGCGCACUACGAGCAGGCUGCGGACUAUUACAAAGGAGAGGAGUCUAACAGCUCAGCCAACAAGUGUCUGCUGAAGGUGGCUGCCUACGCCGCGCAGCUGGAGCAGUACCAGAAGGCGAUAGAAAUCUAUGAGCAGGUGGGAACAAACACGAUGGAUAAUCCUUUGCUCAAGUAUAGCGCGAAAGAGUAUUUCUUCAAAGCUGCUCUGUGCCACUUCAUCGUGGACGAGCUGAAUGCGAAGCUUGCACUUGAGAAAUACGAAGAAAUGUUCCCAGCGUUCACAGAUUCACGGGAGUGCAAGCUAUUGAAAAAACUGCUGGAAGCCCACGAGGAGCAGAACUGCGAGGCAUACACCGAGGCAGUUAAAGAAUUUGACUCGAUAUCGCGGUUGGACCAGUGGCUCACAACCAUGCUGCUUCGCAUCAAGAAGUCAAUCCAAGGAGAAGGGGACGGGGACCUGAAGUGAAUCGUGCGUGGUGUUCGUGGCAUGCAGCCUAAGUAACCUGGUCUUGCGUUACAGCCAAGGACCACUGUGGGAUACGUGAUAAAAUAUCUCGCUUUAUUUUGUCGCUUACAAAUCCAAUGACUUGUGUGUUUCUUUAGUAUCCUGCUCUUUGUCGUGACACCGUGGGUAGCUGGGGAGCGACGCUCUGGGUAGCACCAGCAGAUCUUUCGGAGGUGAAAGCAGCACUUACAGGCAGAAAUCCUUUUUUCGGUGGUGUACGCGGUGAGCCCGCAGCCUGCGCUUCCCGCUGUUCUGUCCCAAGGCUCAGUACCACCGCCUCCAGCAUGUAAAUAUUUUGUCCGUGCCAGCACAUUGCAAGUAAUUGGUUCUGAUCUGUUGCCAUAUCGGUUCUGUCUUGAAACUGGCCUGUCGGAUGCACGUGGGUUUUUAAAUGAUUGAGCUUUUUUUUACUGGUGCUAGUGAAAGGCUUUGUGCCCCUCACAUAGCGUAUGCGUGUGUGUGUGUGUAUACGUCCUAUACAGAUGCGUGCAGGUGUAAAUAGAGAGCAGUGACCUAGUGCUGAAAGCGUUGCGCGUGGGGGACAGGACUGCUUCGACUGGCGUCAGCCCUGGGGCCAGUCGCCGCGAGCAGACCUAGUUAAUGGUGUAUUUUGUAUUGCAGAUCUAAACAUAAGAUGUAAGGGUCUUCUAUAUUUUCUCGGAUCUAUUUUUCCACUUGCUUUAUUUCGUGGUGUGUCCCGUCCCUCCCGCCCCGAGUAAUAAUCUAUUUUUCUAACUUUUCAUUUACACGAAGCCCCGCUGCGUCUGUACCGCAGGUCUGGUGCGCGCCAGGGCGGGCCGUGCCGUACCGUUAGUCUCUGACCUCUCUGCUGAUGGCGAAGCUGCCGCCUCCCGGGGAUGCGAUGUUACGCAGAAACCUUGGCUUAGUUCUCCUGUUGAAAAGGCUUUAGUUGUGUUUAAAAAUUCCUGCAGCCAUUUUAGAAAUGUGUUUGCAAAUGUGUGUGCCCAGGGCUUUUCCGUGCAAUGCUUCGUUUAGGGCUGAUUAAGCUCCCUGUUAUUUCACGUGGCUGCGUGUGUUAAGGAGGACGUGGGAGGCUGUGCAGUUUGCCACUCGCUGUUUCUCUCUACCAAACUGAUUUUCAGCUGCACUGCUGAGGUGUAAAGAAUGAAGAAUUAAUUAAUUAAUCGCUUUCUUUGGCUUCUGCCCAUUGUUUCUCUUGCUGCUGUGAUGGUCAGCUUUUAAUCCAGAUACUCACUGGAGUCGAACCCCAUUUGGCUAACCCGAGGGGUUAGCUCUGUUCAAGGGGUACUUUAUCUCUGCCACUGGCUUACGAAAAACCAAAAAUCGCUCCCAGUACCUGCCAAAUUAGGGUUUUUUUUUUGUUGUUUUCCUGAUCUCACUGGUCCCUUAUUUUCUGUAGACUAUUCUGAGCGAAAGGCCCCCUGCGCUGUGCAGGACUGGCAAGGCGGGUGCACGGAGACAGCCUGGGCGCCGCUCCUUCCAAGCAGCUCCAGGUUCUUCGCUCCCCGGCUCUGUCCGCAACCAAGCCCUCCCUGUAACCGAGACCGCCCUGCGGAACCGUUUCUGUGGAAUUUACCCCUUUCCUUAGUGAGCCAAGCCCCGCCGCACCGAGGGCUUUGCCUCGACCGUUGGUGAGGGGACGCGCCGGCUGCGAGGUUUGCUUUUCCCAGCGUCACGCGGAGCCCAGGCGAGUAUUUUGUGCCGGUUUUUGUUCACUUUUCCAGUUGUCAGCAUUACGCACAGUUGCAGUAAGGUGCGGAUGGAGCAAAGACCGUACCCAUGGGGUUGUGUGGUCUGUUACCGUGCUCUGGAGUAAUAGCAUUAAAAUACAAAUUGUUAGUUGUGUGUAAGUAGGCUACAGCAUGUCCUCCAGUGUAUCAGUGGUAAAUUGUGAGUUUUAAUAUGACAAUCUGCCACUCCGCUGUAUUCCCCCCCCCAAUACACAACUCUGUACUAUGAAAACUUAUUAAAGAAAUGGCCUUAGCAAAGAAUAUAAUGUUUUGUGUGAAUCUGUACACUAAUAAAGCGAAAAUCAUGACUACGA